AUGACCCCUAAGCUCUGGACAUCACCACUCUCGUGGAACUGCCUGCGACCCGAGCUCGUGCUGGCCGAGAAAGAUAUUGACGACGUCGAAAGGAUCCCUGCCGACCUCAUCGGGGGGAAGCACAAGGCUAAGUUCCGCGAGAAGUCCAUCUUUGGGAGGGUCCCACUGCUGGAGGACGGCGACGCGGCGAUCUUCGAGUCUCGCGCGAUCGCCCGCUAUCUGUGCUUGAAGUAUGCGGACGUCGGCCCGAAGCUGAUGCCUGAGCGUUGCGAUGCUGAGACAAGUGGCGUCUGGGAGAUGUGGUUGGCUCUCGAGGCGGUGGAGUUCGACGUCCACGUCGCGCCCGUCAUCGCCGAGACGCUCAUUCGACCCGCGUUGGGAAAAGAAAAGGACGAAGCCGUCCUCGCAAGACACAAGCCGAAACUCGCCAAUUGCCUGGACGUGCUCGACAAGGCGCUGUCGAAGAUGCCGUACAUGGGAGGAGACGAGUACAGCCUCGUCGACAUCUUCUACAUGCCGUGCGUCUUCACCGUGACGCGAUGCCUUGAUCCUUUCGAGGGCAGACCCAAUCUGAAGCGGUGGUGGGAAACCGUCUCUGCUCGCGAGGCGUGGAAGAAGACGGUCAAGCCGCUUGAUGAUGGAUAUAGCCAGGCCAUUCCGGGGUGGAACAAGUAG